AUGUAUGCUGCCGUCGGGUACAGGGGCCCCGAGACGAGUUACGUAAAAGCAGUGGAUGUCUGGUUGUUCAUAUGUAUUGUCCUUGUAGUACUGACACUAUUCCAAUUUGCCGUUGUUAUUACAAUUCAGAGGAAGAAGAAAGAGCGGGAGGUGAGCAAGGUGACACCUGUGACUCGCCACAGUAGGCGCCGGGACAACUAUGUUACCUGCGGGAGCUUCAAAAGACGACAGGACUCCUCCACAGCAUCGUCGUCGCCUGAAACUGUUGGGCAGGAUCCUGCAGCCACCAUGGACGACAAAUUGGAAUUUUCCCCUCCCAAAGAACUUGUGUGUCAGUUGCAACUGGUGGAACGGAUUGGUCAACUGGGAAUCCCAAUCAUCUUUUUUCUCUGCAACGUCGUCUACUGGUUGUACUACCUGAGCCCUGACACCAGGAAUAUGGAAGUGCUUCAGUAGACCUCGUUUAUAAUGGGCAGAUCCAAUUUAAGUCUCUUAUAAAUUAUAUAGAGUAAAUUAUCAUAGGUGAGUUACUCAAUUUAUACAGCAGAAACAAUUUUAAAUGUUUGAAAAUUUGUCUCAAUUUUAUUGUAAUAUAUUUUAGAUUCUGAUGAUGGAUGAAGAAAUGUCAAUAAAGAACUUUGAUUUUGCUUUUCAUAUACAGGAAUACCUGGCAUAGCGUAGUUAAUAGGUGCCGAAAAAGUCCCCAGCUAUGUAAAACCGCGAUGCAUCGCU